UCAAACCGCCACUCAAAAAAUCAAAGUAUUUGAAAAGUGACAAAAAUGGCGGGAUCUUUGGCAGUAAUAGAAACCGAUGGCAAAGAGAGCGAAAAGCCAGUCAACACCAUUAAAGACCAAUGGCAAGUCCAAUUCGCCCGCUUCAUCACCUAUCCAUCUCGCCCUUCCUCGUGUCCCUCUCUCGUACCUCUCCAACUAUAUCGCCGGGCUGGAGGCAACUGGAUCGCUACUUCUUUCCCAGUCGCUUCUCUGCAGAUAAUCAAUGAUCUCUCCAGCCCCGAAACGAUCCUCGCCGUUUGUUUAAGCGGCAAGAUUCUCGAAGAGCACUACAUUUCCAAGCUGCACUUCUCCUGGCCUCAGAUCCAAUGCAUCCCUGAAUUUCCAGCUAGGGGUAGCAGAGCUGUGCUUGUAAGCUACAAAGACUCUGCCGACGAGAUCCAGAAGUUUGCCUUGCGAUUUUCUACACUUCAUGAAGCAGAAUCAUUCAUGAAUGCUCUGAACGAGAUCUUGAAGUGUGAAGAAAUUGAACCUUUAAACACAGAUUUUGGAUCUGAGCUUUCAGCACAAUCAGAGUUCAUAUCCUGUAAUGGACUUGCUACAAGAGCCGGUCAGGAUUUGAGUGAUAUGACGCCUGGUGAUUCUUACACUCCACAAAUGGAUCCCAGUUUGAGCUAUGAAAUUGAACAUCAGUCAUCUGAUCAAGAUGCAAUGCUUAAUGACAAUUCUGAAGGCAUUUUUCCUGCCUUGCCCCCCAGUUUCACAUCAUUACUGAGUAAUUGCUGUUCUACUGCUGAACGAGCUGCCAAUCAACCAACAGUAUCAAAGGAAAUUGAUCUCAAAUCCCAAAUUGUGAGAUACAUGGAAGACUCUUCCUUCCAAGAUAUGUUGAGCAAAGUGGAGAAAAUCAUCAGUGAAGUUGGAGCUGAAAUGCUGCUGUAAUUCACUUGUUGCCUGUGGCUUUGCUUGUUGUGUCUGAAGAACUGUCACUUGUUUUUGGUUCCCCAAGUCAUGAAGUGGUCUUCGUCAGCUACGUCAGGAAACAGUCGUGGUAAAAUCGUAUCCAUCCUGUUAACAUUCCAGUAAGAUUUAGUAAAAUAAAAUACUAACUGCUUUAAAGGAAUGUAUAGCUGCUGCAAUAGAGUACUAUCUUUAAAAUCUGGUUUUAUACAUUGUUUUAAUGCUGUGAUCUCUCCACUUUUUGUGGUGUCUUUGUCAUAAUCUAUACUACACACAUGACACAUGCAUGCUGAUAAUUUUUAAUUUAAAAGCAUUUCGAAAAACCUCCAAAUAAAAUAAAAAAGUUGGCCAAGCUAGAACAUGUCAUGAUAUAUGUAGAAGUUAAUAACCAAACAAUUUUUUGUCCAACCUUCUGAUUUCUUAUCGGCUAGAGCAUUCCUUCUAUUGCAUUAACUAUAGUCUUUAUGAGCUUUCCACUGUUCCCUUGAUUAGUUUUCUUCCCACUUUCACUUGUAGGAUUCUUUGUUGUCUAAUCUGCUUGACUUUCCAACACGAAUGACGACCCCAUACAUUGAAUGCUUGUUUUAUUUUGUGAAUUGAUGAUACUACCAUUUCUUCAACCCAUUGUAUAU